ACGCUUUCCAGUCAUCAGACAUGCUCUCCUCUCGCAUUUCCUAUCAAUCUCAGACGAACGCUUGUUCUUGCCCCAGUUCCUUUCUUACACUUCUUAAUCGUGUGGUGGAGGAUCUGCCGUUCUCCCCAUGCUGACGACUUUCGCAUUGGACUUCGUGGAUCUUAUGACUUAGCUUCAGGUCGAAAAGAAGUCUUCAAAGCUUUUGGCGCGACCAAUAGCCAGGAUGGGAACCUUCAUCUUCGAAGACCACGCGCCGAACGUGGCCGCGACAAUCAUUACACUAUUCACGAUAUCAGCGAUAGUGUUCCCAUUGCGCAUAUACACCAGGAUCAAGCACAAUUCUUUCGGCUGGGAUGAUUGGACAAUGUCGAUGGCAGCGCUUCCGUACACUGCCUUGACUGUGUUUUGCUUAGGAUCCUCCUUUCUGGGUGUUGGGGUGCACAAAGAAAAGCUCAACGACGCGCAGACCGAGCGAGCAAUGAUGUGGUUCUUCUUCUUCGAGAUAUUCUUCUGCCUGGCUAUUAUUCCAAUCAAGCUCAGCAUUUCACUCAUGCUCAUUCGUGUCGCUGGUCCGAAAACAAGAUAUACCUGGGCGCUAUGGGCAAUGUCUGCAUGCUUCGUGCUCAUGAACGCGAUCUCGUUUUUCUACAUCAUCUUCAGAUGUAAGCCGGUCAGCUACGCCUGGAAUACUGAUAUCCCCGGAGGAACCUGUCUGCCUAGCCAGGACCUUGCGGAUAUCUACUACGCCGACACUGCUGUAAAUAUCGUCACAGACUGGUUCUGCGCGCUAAUACCACUCCCAUUGCUGUGGAACCUCAAACUCAACAGAAAUGCGAAGGUCUCGGUCGGGUUCCUACUCUCGCUCGGAGUCCUGGCCUCCCUGUCUGCUUGUAUUCGGCUCAAAUAUACCGUCAACCUCAACAACAGCCACGAUUACCUCUACAGCGUCGCCGAUGUCAUGAUUUGGGGUUACGCAGAGAAUGGCGUCGGCUUCAUUGUUGGAUGCAUUUCAACACUUCGGCCCCUAUUCCGGAAGAUGUUUCAGCUUGGUGGCAGCGAUUCCAGUGCAGGACAUCUAGGCGGGCCGAGUGGAGAGCUGUACAACAGGGAUGGGCUGGCGUAUAAUCGAGAUCCCAAUGCCUUCGGCGGCCGCGAACGAGGAGAUAUGAAGACCGAUGUGACAACCAGCCAACUGGGGAGAAAGCUUUCUGGUGAUUCUGGCUCCACCAGCGAGGAAUACAUCUUGCAGGACAUCAUAGGCGUCGACAGGCGACAUGAUGUUCGUGGUAUUCAAGUGCAGCGCAGUGUACAUCAGACAAUAGAUUGAACAGAUGCGACAAGGCCAACAACAUGCCAUGCACACGACAUGACCUUCGCAUGCUCAUUUCCGUGCUCUCGGCACCGGUCUCCAAGCGCUGUAACACAUGUUGGUGCCUCGAUAG